UAUCGCGUGAGAACAAUUUGACCCAGACACACGAGAAAAGGGAAACGUAGUUUAAAUAUAUUUUUUUAGGCAUCUCCUUGUAUGCUUCCGCGGGUGCUUACCUCAAGGAUUGCUUUUGGUGUAAAUCAGCUGAGAAACUGUAGACUGUUACUCAAUCCACAUAUUUAUACUCGCAUAUUUUUGUCCUCGACCAUCAAUUCGACUGGGAUGGCUUCGAAUGAUUCGUAUUCUGCUGACGAAAAAUUCAAUUUGAUCACCAGAAAUUUACAGGAAGUUAUUGGUGAGGAUCGCUUAAAAACAAUUUUACAAGAGAAAAAUUUAUCUUUGUACUGGGGAACAGCUACAACAGGAAAACCACAUGUUGCAUACUUUGUACCAAUGACAAAAAUAGCUGACUUCCUCAAGGCAGGCUGUGAGGUGACAGUACUUUUAGCUGACCUUCAUGCAUAUUUGGAUAAUCUGAAAGCACCUUGGGAACUGUUAGCCCACAGAGUCAAGUAUUACGAGGAAGUGAUUAAGGCAAUGCUAGAGUCAAUCAAUGUCCCCCUGGAUAAAUUAAAGUUUGUGCGAGGAACAGAGUAUCAGCUGGACAGAGCCUACGUCCUGGACAUAUUUAAACUUUCCACUGUUGCCACUGAGCAUGAUGCAAAGAAAGCUGGUUCAGAGGUUGUUAAGCAAGUCCAACAUCCUCUUUUGAGUGGUCUAUUGUACCCUGGACUUCAGGCUCUUGAUGAAGAAUACCUCAAAGUAGAUGCACAGUUUGGAGGUGUCGAUCAGCGCAAAAUAUUCACGUUUGCAGAAAAGUAUCUUCCCUCUUUAGGUUAUGCCAAGAGAAUUCAUCUUAUGAACCCAAUGGUGCCCGGUCUCACUGGUACCAAGAUGAGCGCAUCAGAUGAGGAUUCAAAAAUUGAUCUUCUGGAUGGUGCUUCAGUUGUUAAGAAAAAGCUAAAUAAGGCAUUCUGUGAAGAAGGAAACAUUGAGGAGAAUGGUAUUCUUGCAUUUGCCAAGUUCGUGAUCUUCUCGGUGUUGGAAAUAAAGAAUAAAACAGAAUUUGUGAUAGAAAGAGCUGAAGAAAAUGGAGGAAGAAUUGCAUUUAGAAAUUAUGCAUCACUUGAGGAAACAUUUGCCAGAAAGGAACUACAUCCACUUGAUCUGAAAAUGGGAGUUACAGCUUUUUUGAAUGAGCUUCUUGAUCCCAUAAGAAAGAAGUUCCAAACUCCUGAACUACAGAAGCUGAUGAAACAAGCAUACCCUGCUCCAAAGAAAGCAAAGGGUGGAAAAGGUGGAGCAAAUGCCACUCCUGAGAGAGCUGUUGAUCCUUCAAGGUUGGAUUUAAGAAUUGGAAAAAUUUUGUCAGCAAAGAAACAUCCUGAUGCAGAUUCCCUGUACUUAGAAGAAAUUGACAUUGGAGAAGAAAAGCCUAGAACUGUUGUAAGUGGUUUGGCAGAGUACGUUCCAUUGGAGGAACUUCAAGACAGACUUGUUGUAAUGAUGUGCAACUUAAAACCUGUUAACAUGAGAGGCGUCACGUCAGAAGCGAUGCUCAUGGCGGCAUCUGUAACAGGUACUGAUGGUAAAAGACAAGUUAUUCCUCUAAACCCGCCAGCUGAAUGCAAGCCUGGUGACAGAGUCGUGGUGAAAGGCUACGAACAUGAAACUGCCGGAGAGCCAGAUGAACAACUGAAUCCCAAGAAGAAGAUUUUUGAAGCCUUAAAGCCUGACCUUUGUACCUCUGACGAUGGUGUCGCUGAGUACAAGGGAAGUCCAUUGAUGACAGCCGCUGGCCAAGUUACUUCAAGUCUCAAGAACGCACAGAUCAGUUAACGAUCGAAACUUGGGAACUUAAUGAAAUCGUAAAAUUGUUGUCACGCUGCUCAUGCUAGACUGAUAUGUCGUCAAAAUUCAAAUGUGGUCCUGUAGUGUAGUAGCAAAUUUAUAUUUAUAGGUAAUUUAACCAGCUUUUACAUCAUGUUUAAAAUGGAAGUAAAACCGCUACCAAAGACUGUCGCUUUAUUAUGUUUGUGGCUUGCACUUUAUCGGAAAAAAGUGUUGAAAUCAGAAGUCACUGGAAAAAAACUUUCGUCACUACAUUUACGGUCCGAAUACGUCUUUUCUGCACGAUUUUGCUUCUUUCCAUCGUUAAAGAACACCUUGAUAGGCCUAUUCAACUAUAGAGACGUUUCUAAUUAAUUCAUAAUUUGAAGUUAAAUAUCUAAUCUCCAAGGUAUACUUCAAAGUUCUUGCAUGAUUUUCACAAACCACAAAAUCUCAACAGAAGAUGGAUAACCCUAAGCCUCUAAAUCAUAUUUUUGGUGUCUAUUAAUAUUGAUGUCGUUACAAAGAUUUAAAUAAUCUUGUAUUAGACCAAGCAAAAAACUGGGGGUGGCUAGCCCUUCGGAUUUCACCAAGCCGUUCCACAUCAGGAGGCCCGCUAGGUAUCUCCCAUUCGCUACGGCAUUAGUAUGCGGGAUCAGAGAUCCCAAUGGAAAGGCGCUUAGUUCGUUUUAAAUAGGUGUGUCAUCAAUGUCUGUUAUCAUUAUGGUGUGUGUUUGCCCUCAGCCUAUAUAACAUCAGGCCAAGAUGGAAAUUCGUGAAUACAAAACGAAAAGAAAGAAAGCAAACAAAGUUGACAGCUUUCUUCUUAAAAAGCAAACAAUCAAAACAAAAACCUGAAUCAGUAUCUUUGAGAGGAGUGUAUCAUCUCACGCGCAUGCGCAGUAGUUAUUUCAAAACCUGAAUGAUGAAAUAAAUGACGUCACAAUUUUCUUA